CAGGCACCGGGCCCCCAGGUGGAGCAGCAGGCACCGGGCCCCCAGGCGGAGCAGCAGGAACCGGGCCCCAGGCGGAGCAGCAGGCAUCGGGCCCCCAGGUGGGGCGAUGGGCAUCGGGCCCCCAGGCGGGGCGACGGGCAUCGGGCCCCCAGGCGGAGCAGCAGGCAUCGGGCCCCCAGGUGGGGUGACGGGCAUCGGGCCCCCAGGCGGGGUGACGGGCAUCGGGCCCAUAGGCGGGGCAACAGGCAUUGGGCCCCCAGGCGGGGCGACAGGCAUCGGGCCCCCAGGCGGGGCAACAGGCAUCGGACCCCCAGGCGGAGCGACAGGUGGAGCGACAGGCACCGAGUCACCAGGCACGACAGUGGGCUCCGAGUCAACUGGCAUGACCGCUGGCACUGGGUCAGACAAUGGAUCGUCUGGCUGGACAGCGGGCAUCGGGUCACCAGGCAUCAGGUCAUUUGGCUCGAC